AGACGGUACGCUACUCUACUAUCCCGAUCCCGUCGUAACGGGCCUCAGCAUCCAACCGAUUCGCAGCACCCCCUCAUCCUCAGCCUCGCCAUGUCAUACGGCCAAUCCCCUUACGCCAGCCAGCGCGGCCAGGCCUCCUCGAACCCCACUGAACAGACGCCCCUGGAUAAGGUGCGAGCCAUCUCGUCGAAAGUGGAAGACUACAUCGAUGUCUACACGCAGCCUAUCAAGCCUCACCUCCCCGCCCUGGGACGCUUCUUGAUCGUCGUCACCUUUCUCGAGGACGCACUGCGCAUCGUGACGCAGUGGAGCGACCAGAAGUACUAUCUGCAGCGUCAUAGGCAUUUCCCUUGGGGUAUCAGUCAUUUGUUUCUCAUUAUCAAUGUGCUGGUAAUGAUCGCCGCCUCCAUCUCGGUCAUCAUGCGCAAAUACCCCGAAAUCUCAGUAGGUGCCCUCCUUGGCGUCGUCGUCGUCCAAGGAUUCGGCUAUGGCCUCAUCUUCGAUAUCAACUUCUUCUUGCGCAACCUCUCUGUCAUUGGUGGGCUGCUCAUGGUGCUGAGUGACUCGUUGAGCAAGAAGAAGAACAUCUUUGCUGGGCUGCCCAACAUCAGUGAGACGGACAAGAGGAUUUAUUUCCAGCUCGCAGGCCGUGUCCUCCUCAUCUUUCUCUUCCUCGGCUUCAUUCUCCAAGGCCAAUGGUCCCUCUUCCGCGUCUUUGUCUCCAUCUUUGGCUUGGGGGCCUGCAUCAUGGUCGCCGUAGGCUUCAAGGCCCGUUGGUCUGCGUCUUUCCUCGUCUUGCUCCUCUCCGUCUUCAAUCUCCUCGUCAACAAUUUCUGGGCGACGCACCCUAGUCACCCGGCGAGGGACUUCCUGAGGUACGACUUCUUCCAGACGCUGAGCAUCGUGGGCGGGUUGCUGCUGCUGGUCAACCAGGGACCGGGAGGAUUCUCGAUGGACGAGAGGAAGAAGGUCACCUAAGCGGGAAGAGUUUGUGUGGGGACGAGGUGGGCAGCACGAGGCGAGCUGGAAUGGGGAAAGAUAGCGGCGCAGGUAGUAGCGGAUCAUCGAUGGCCGCUGGAGGAGGAAAUGAUCGGAUGU